AUGUCAACAAUUAGAGAAAUACCAGGAUUCUAUUAUGAUGAAGAGCGGAGACGAUAUUUUAAAAUAACAAAUGGAGCUAUUCCACAGGGUUCUUCAUCGUCCUCUUCACUGUCAUCGCUAUCAAAAUAUCAUAAUAAUUCAAUUCAAGCAGAACAACGCAAGAAACAAUCAACUACACAGAAAGUAACCAAACCAGGUAAAUCAUCAAAAGAGAUUAUUAAAAACCCCAAGUUGGAUAAGGUGUCAUCUCGUCUACGAUCUAAAUAUUUAACAAAGAGCACAACAAAAUUUAAUAGAUUCUCAUAUACACCUGCUGGAUUGAUUAACUUUAAAACAGGUUCUUGCACAGGUAACAAUGACUUAUUACAAUCUAGACUUAUAUCCUCGCCUAUUUUAAAACCACAAUACCUUCCUAUGUUAACACCAAGAGGAUAUGUGCUUUGUCAAAGCAAUGAUCUUUUGAUUAUCUCACGUAUUGAAGGGAUUACCAGAAAUAUGAAAUCAACUAGGUAUGAAUACUAUCCACGAUCAUUAGUUGUACAACAUACAAAAGAUGGAUCAAUAACAGAAUUGAAGAAUUAUUGGAAAGUAGUUCAAGGAACACAUGUGGAGAGUCUUGAUUUAGGAUCAUACUAUGAGAUUUUAGGCAUCGAUGAUUCUAGAAUGGAUGUGUUCCAUGAAAUUAUGGAGAACAAACAAGUUGUUGUCAUAAGUCUCUAUACCCAUUACUUACAAGGUAACGCUAAUUACAUCAUUAGAAUAAAUGCUAUUGAUCCGAAGAGUGGAGACACUACACACGAGGACUACACAUUGAAGUUUAUCAGUUUUCUACGAGAUAGUUUCCAAGGAUUGCCAAAGAAUACUAAAAAUCAAUUAUAUAAAGCUUUUGGGAUACCGCUAUGUUUUAUGGUUGAUGAUUUACAUGAAAUAAGCAUUAGUGAAAUCAACAAAGCAAUGCAAAGUCCCAGCAGCAAGAAUACAACGAAAAUCAUUGAUUUUCUUCUUUUACAGGAUGUUUCCCAAAUCAGAGACAAGAUAAUUUACAAAAAUGAAAACUAUGACAACCCUAAGGGUGUUAGAAUAUUAGAUUGUCAGAUUUCAAAGAAUCAUACUAUUCAUUUUCUUGUAUCCAAUGGAUCUUUAAUUAGUUUGAAAUUCAAACAUGGAAAAUUUUCUAAAUUUAAACACGUUCAACUGAAUAAUAACAUGUCGCUAAAUUCUCAGUUGUGUAUACACGAGAAGAUAAAGCUAGUCAAAUCAGGAAACAAACUAAUUACGGUUGAUAAUCACGGGAAUAUUAGAUUUCUUGAUGGUAAAUUUAACUAUAUAAGAAAGAUAUUUUUGAUAUCAUCUAAUGAGAUCAUACUUAUUUUGAAAGAUACAAUAAUGUAUUGGAAUAUAACUACUAAUGAAAAACAGGUCAUUCUGAAGUAUUUAAAUGACAAUGAUGUUAAUCAACAAUUUGAAAUCUUUGAUGGUUAUAUGCUCUAUAAUGUCGGUGAUACUUUAAAUAUUAUCAAUAUUCAUACAAAUGAGUCAUCAACUAUAGAUUUUCAAUUUCAAUUCAAGAAAUGUGGAUAUUUAAAGAAUUUCAAAUUGGUAAAGAUUGUGAAAUUAGCAGAGAUCAAUACUAGGCUUCAUCUAGGGUUUACAUUUUUGAAUUCAGAAGAAUUGACAACAAUUUUCGAAACGUUUCUAAUAUGA